AUGAACUUUUUACGGAUACCCGUCUUGCUUCACCCUGGAUCUCUUUGGCUGAAAAGCUUGUGCUUAUAUAGGAGCUCAGCUUUGGGGUUUGCUUGGCAGUACAACCGCUGGUUCGCUGGAGUGCCUGGUAAGAGUCACAGUGGCGCGGUGAAGCGCUUCCUUGUUUCGAAGGAGGGACUUGUGCGUCAUACUGCCUCCGGAAGACAGCACCUUCUCUCUGGAAAGAGCGCAAAGCGACGGAUUCGGUUACGUAGACCGCGUUUUCUUUCCGGUGCGGAUGCACGGCGAGUUCUGAGGCUUCUCGGUUGA